AUGGAGAGAACAGAACUUGUGAAUGAUAUGAAACUGAAUGCCGAUAUCCGCCCCGAUCAGACUUCUCAUUCCACCUUCCAGCCCGACUACGCGCGCGGGGCAACUGGCAAAUGGCAUCGAAAGGUCGAAGUCUGGAAGAGGGGCAAGAUACUUGGUUCAGGUUCAUUUGGGACUGUCUGGGUUGAAGAAUGCGUGUCGAGCGAAGGUCCGACUAGGGUCCGGGCUGUGAAGAUGAUCAAGAAGCCAUCCGACCCGUCAUAUCGGAUUUAUUGUGAUCAAGAACUUGAGGCUAUUGCCAAGUUUUCGCAACCUAAGUAUUCAGGGCUGUUUAUCAAAUGCUUCGGCUGGUUCGAGAAUCAAGAGAGCAUCUUCAUUGCUAUGGAACAUAUUGAAUUUGGAGACCUGCAAGAGCAUCUGCAGGGACCGCUUCGGGAGUCUGAAGCACGGCAAAUCUGCUUCCAAAUCUUACAUGGUCUUCAAUCUUUACAUGAAAACCAAUUUGUUCAUCGUGAUCUCAAACCACAGAAUGUCUUUGUCAAAUCAAAGGGUCCUCAUUGGCAUGUCAAAAUUGGGGACUUUGGGUUCAGCAAAAGGUACACCGAGAAGACUACUUUGCAGUCAAAGGUUGGCACUCAGCUCUACCUGGCACCCGAGCUACUGAGACUAUACCCUCCUGGGUUCAAUCCGGAAAAUCUGCGUCAUUACACAUCUCUUGUUGAUACAUGGUCACUAGGCGUGAUGUUGUUUUACCUUCUUUGUCACGAUUACCCCUUCACCAGGGAGCAAACUUUAUCUUCGUUUGUCCAGACGUCUUCUUUUCCCUCCUGGAGAAAGCUGCAGUCCGUGUCCAAAGAAGGUCUGGGGUUCAUAAAACGUCUCUUGGUCGCGGAUCCCACAAUGCGGCUUUCGGCCAAAGAGGCGCUUCGGGAAGGAUGGCUGAAGGAAUUUGCAUUCGAUGCAACCUCGGGGAUGUCACGAAUGGCUAUCUCCGAAAAUGACAUAGUGGGCUCAUCUCCACUUGUAGUGGCUUCAAAUGUGACGGGAACUACAGACGAGGCUUCUCAGGGCUGGGAUGAUAGAAAUCUUUCUUCUGCCAUGGCAUCCGAACGGAAAACCAGGCCCGUGCAAGAGAUGCCUGCAAUCUCACCAGCCAAACAGCAAACCUCAAGCAUCUCACUGGGUGAUCUUCAUGCAACACAUGAUAGUGCAGUGCGUUUGAUGGACCAGAAAAACUAUGCCGACGCCGAGAAACUAUUCCGCGAGGCUUUUGAGCUAGGAAAGCUUCACUUGGGUGCCCAUCACGAGGAUACACUAGCUUCACUCGAAGGCCUGGGCGAUGCUCUAGGCAACCAGCAAAAACUAGCAGAAGCUGAGGCUAUUCAUCGUGACGCCUGGCUGAGAAGGAAACGAGCUCUCGGUGAAGCCCACAAGGACACAAUAGCCUCUCUUGAUUCGUUGGCGGACGUACUUCGGCUGCAAGAAAAACUUGCAGAGGCCGAGCCAAUAUACAGUGAGCUCUGGCGGAUGGAAGAACAGGCGUUUGGCGAGAGUCACGCAUACACUCUUAAUUCCCUGGGUGCAUUGGCCAAUGUUUUUGUCCUGCAGCACAAGAUGGCGGAAGCGGAAGCUAUUUAUCGGGAAAUUUGGACGAGAAGGAAGCGAACAGUUGGCGAGGAUGACACGGAAACUCUCGAAUACCUUCAGCUCUACGGUCGGGUUCUGUCUCUCCAGGACAAAGAUAUUGAAGCCGAAAGCGUCUUGCGUGAUGUUUGGGAGAGCAAGAAAAACAGUCUUGGGGAACAUCACGAAGAAACUCUAUCCUGUCUUGAGUCUGUGGCUGAUGUUCUUUUCGAUCAAGGAAAGUGGGCCGAAGCUGAGCCUUUAUAUCGGGAGAUAUUGGAACAAAGGAAGAGCUCCCUUGGCGCCCAUCAUGAAGAGACGUUGAAUUCUCUUCAUUACCUUGGUCGAGUUAUGCUUCAUCAAGACAGAUUUUUCGAGGCGGAACAAAUCUUCCGAGAGGCUUGGAAAGGUCGAAAGGAAACACUGGGAGAGGAAGAUGGGCACACAUUAAGAUCUCUCCUUCUCCUGGGAGAUGCUGUCUUUGGGCAACGGAAGCUCGAACAAGCCGAAGCCAUCUACAGAGACGUGUGGAACUAUCGCAAAUGGAUUUCUGGAGAAGCACAUGAAGAUACUCUCAGUUCCGCCUUAUCCACAGGGCAUGCGCUCUAUCGCCAGAAGAAGUACAAAGAAAGCGAGGACAUCUACAGAGAUGUGUGGAAAUCUCGAAAGCGAUAUCAAGGGAGCCAUGACGCAAAGACACUGCUUGCUCUUGACAGCUUGGGAGAUGCUCUGUAUAAACAAUCAAAAUAUGUUGAGGCUGAAGAGGUAUGGCGCAGAGUUUGGGAGGGAAGAAAGCAGACUCUGGGGGAACAUCACAGCGACACAGUGACCUCUCGCCGUCAAAUGAAUCAUUGCCGCGCCCGACAGCGAGGGAAGGACCGAGAGGCCAAAGAUCGAGAUAAGUCACCAGGAAAGCCGAUUCUCAGCCCGCCGAAUCCCAGCACGACAAAACGCGCACGGUGGUAUCACUUUGGGAAAUCUACCGGCUAG